UCAGUCUGUCGCUAUUCAGCAUCCUCUGGUUAAUGGAUUAUACAGUUUCCCUCCAAGUGCAACAUCAGCUGGCGGUGUUCCCGACACACUUCUACCAGGGCUACAGUGUGGAGUUACAGAUGAAGUCAACAGAAGUGGACCAAGGGCUUUUUACAGACAGCUACUGCAAAGUGUGCAGCGCUCAGCUCAUCUCCGAGUCCCAGAGGGUCGCCCAUUAUGAGAGCCGGAAACAUGCCAACAAAGUCCGGCUGUAUUACAUGCUACAUCCUGUGGAUGGAGGCUGCCCUGCCAAGAAGCUCAGAACAGACAACGGCAGCGACGAGGGCGACGUGGACAAGAAUAAGUGCUGCACGCUGUGUAACAUGUCCUUCACCUCAGCAGUGGUGGCACAGUCACACUACCAGGGUAAAAUCCACGCCAAGAGGCUAAAACUGCUACUGGGAGAGCAGCCUGCCAUCACAACCAAAGAGGCGUCCCCCAGUCCUGUAAAGAGCUCCCCAGAAACGUCUCCAAUGACCUCCCCACGUCAGCGCCGCGACUCGGACCGCUACUGCCAGCUAUGCAAUGCCUGGUUCAACAACCCCGGCAUGGCUCAGCAACAUUAUGAUGGCAAAAAGCACAAGAAGAACGCUGCCAGAGCAGACCUGCUGGAGCAGCUGGGCAAGACCCUGGACAUGGGAGAGAUGAAAGGUCUGAAACGGAGCUAUACCUGUGAAGUCUGCAGCGUCACACUGAACUCAGUGGCACAGUACCAUGCACAUCUGCAGGGCUCAAAGCACCAAAAUAAUCUGAAGAAUCAGAUAUGUGUCCAGUGAGCGUGGGACAAAGAUAAAAACCAGCUAUUGGAUUGAUGUCAGACAAGCUGUGGUCAGCUUGCCCUGCUUUUUCUGCCUCUGCCCUGCUUCUGCUCUCCUCCACAUCAUUUUGAUUUCUCUCUCUCUCUCUCUGUCCUGUCUUUCACUCUGUCUGUUUCAGCCACUCUGAGGGAGGAAAAUAAAGACAUUUUUUUUGUAACACUCUA